AUGGCGCCCAAGGCAACGACAUCCAAGGCAGCCGCCCCAGCGCCGGCGCCGGCGGCGAAGACGACGAUCGAGAACCUCUGGAACACCUACAACGAGACGACCACCGCGCGGCUCAAGUUCGUCGACGCGUUCCUCUUCUUCCUCAUGCUCUCCGGCGUCGCGCAGUUCGUCUACUGCGUGCUCGUCACCAACUUCCCCUUCAACGCGUUCCUUGCCGGCUUCGGAAGCACCGUCGGCCAGUUCGUGCUCACCGCCAGCCUGCGCUCGCAGGUCAACCCGGAAAACCGCUCCGAGUUCAAGGAGGUCUCUCCAGAGAGAGCGUUCGCGGACUUUGCUCUAGGCUCCAUCGUGCUACAUUUCUUCGUGUUCAACUUCUUAGGAUAG